AUUUUCUGUAAUUUUCUGGGUUUAGCUUAGACUCGCAUAGGUAUAUAUGGAGGAUUGAUUUGAGCAAGGCAAUCCAAAACAAGAAUGGAGUCGAUUCAUGCUAGCAAUCGAAUCUCACCCUGUAUCAGUGGUCCCAACCCAAGAAAACCCCAGUUCUUGCCCCAUUAUCCCUUUCUUGUCUGCUUCAAUCAUAAGCUUCCGGUCACCAAUUCCUUGAAAUUGAUCGCCUCUUCAUCACCAUGUCGGCAACGGUUUGCUCCUUUAUCAAACCACAACAGAUAUGUAUCGGUUUCGAAAUGCCGGCGUGGGAACACCCUUUGCAGACUCGAAGGCGAAGAUAAGCCGGCUGGAGGCAAUGAGGAUUCACCGUGGAAAGCUAUUGAGAAAGCUGUAGGAAACUUUGGAAAGCAACAAUCGAUCGAAGAUGUGUUGAGGAAGCAGAUGGAGAAGCAAGAAUAUGCUUCUGAAGGCGGUGGCAAAAAUCCGCCAGGUGGUGGAGGUGGCGGUGGUGGUGAGGAUGAAUUUGGUGGAUCAGAGGAUGAAAGCCUCUCUGGGAUCUUGGAUGAGACCCUGCAAAUGGUUUUAGCAACCAUUGGCUUCAUAUUCCUGUAUGUAUACAUCUUGACCGGUGAGGAAAUCGCUCGGCUGGCAAAGGAUUACCUCAAGUACCUCUUCGGCGGAAACAAAAGCGUUCGAUUAAGGCGUGCCAUGUACCAGUGGAGAGCUUUCUUUGCGAAGCUGACUGAGAAGAAGGAAUACGAUCAGUUUUGGUUGGAAAAGGCUAUCAUCACUACUCCGACAUGGUACGACAGCCCCGACAAGUACCGAGAGAUCCUCAAUUCUUACAUCGAAUAUGAGGAAGACGAUGACGACAAUCGUAAUGACUACGACGAUGAUGCAAAUGGAUCAUAUUAUGAUGAAUAAUUCCGAGUUGUCUUUCGGUCUAUGUUCUUUAAAGAUGUUGGU